AUGCCGCCACUCCGGAUCACGACCUGGAAUGUCAAUGGCAUCCGAAAUCCCUUCGGCUACCAGCCAUGGCGCGACAAGCGCACCUUCGACGCCAUGUUCGAUCUGCUCGAGGCGGACAUCGUCAUUAUGCAGGAGCUGAAGAUCCAGCGAAAGGACUUGCGCGACGACAUGGUGCUGGUUCCUGGGUGGGACUGCUUCUUCAGUCUACCGAAGCUUAAGAAAGGCUACUCAGGUGUCGCAAUCUACACCCGGUCGUCCCGCUGCGCUCCCAUCCGCGCUGAAGAAGGCGUCCUUGGCGUCCUCUGCCCCCCGGGAUCCUCGACCGCUUACCGCGACCUCCCCUCGGACCAACACAUUGGCGGGUAUCCUACGGAAGAGCAGAUAGAGAUGGCUGGUGGCGUCGAUCCUGCGGCGCUGGAUUCCGAGGGCCGGUGUGUGGUUCUCGAGUUCCCGGCGUUCGUCGUAUUUGGGGUAUAUAGCCCGGCGAACAGCAACGGCUUGCGCGACGAUUUCCGGUACGCCUUUUUCAGCGCGCUCGACGCCCGCAUACGGAACCUCACGCGCGAGGGCAAACGUGUCAUCUUGUGCGGCGACUUGAAUGUAUCGCGGUCGGAGAUCGACACCGCGAACGCUGAGGAGAACAUGCGCAAGGAGGGCAUCUCGCAUGAGGAGUACGUGUCGACGGGCAAUCGACGCAUAUUUAACCAGAUGUUGGAGAGCGGCGAUGUCGUGCCACCGCGGGAUGGGGGAAGGGAGAUUCCGAUACUUUGGGAUACGUGCCGCGAGUUCCACCCAACGAGGAAGGGCAUGUUUACCCAUUGGGAACAAAAGAUCAAUGCUAGGCCGGCGAAUUUCGGGUCGAGGAUUGAUUUUGUGCUUUGCAGCAUCUCGAUGAAGGACUGGGUGCAGAGCGCAGACAUUCAGGAGGGACUGAUGGGUUCAGACCACUGUCCUGUAUACGCUCUUCUCAAGGAAAGGGUUACGUCAGACGGUGAAGAGGUUGCUUUGAGUGAUAUCAUGAAUCCACCUGGGAUAUUCAGAGACGGCAAACGGCUACGCGACUGGACGCUAAAAGACUCACCUGCCUCAUCGGGGAGGCUAUUGCCAGAGUUCGACAGGAGGAGAAGUAUCAAGGACAUGUUUUCUCGUAAGCCGACAAGCCGCAAGCCCUCGGCCAAUGAUGGCGCAAGCGCGGAGUUCUCGGCCGUCGUCGUUAACAGCUCGUCCCCGUCCUUGUUAAAGCCGAAGCCAGAGGGAAAAGCACAAGAUGAUAGCCAAGUUGAGCCAGAAGCAUCACAGAACAGCCAAGUUUCGACAGCGUCACAAUCCAAUGGGGGCAAUCACAUUCGUUCUACAGCCAGCUCAGAGAAGAAGCGCUCUGCUCCAGCGCUUGCGACUGCAAAGUCGAACAAAAAGAAGAAAUCGUCAGCGCCAGCACCAACGCAAAGUAGUUCAGUCAAAGGUCAGCAGUCCUUGAGAGGAUUCUUCAAAUCAACGCCGUCGUUAUCCCGCGACGAUAGCAAUGUUUCGUCGAAGACCAUCGAGAGCUCGUCCACAUUAGUCGUGCCGCCAAUCCACGAUCCAAAGUCGAGUCAGACGUCUACCAGAGACUCUCCAGAGCGAGAGCAGAACGCUGUCGGAUCGACAUCAGAGGCCGGGCUCGAAGUGAUGGACACAGCGGAACAAGGCGAAUACAGCGCUCGCGCAUCGCCAGGCCCGUCAAUACCGGAGAACUCGUCCUCGCAUUCGCUCAGCAAGCAGCCGCAGUCGCAAUCGCCGCCCAUCGAUCCCUCUUCCCUCACUCUCGGCGAGCGGGAAGCGGCAGCCACCGCCGGCCAACCAUUGCCCACCUCGGCUCGGCCGCCGUCGCCCCCCUUCAUCGAUCCCAUCGUGUCCAAGGAAUCGUGGGGCAAGCUCUUCACCAAGCCGAAACCGCCGCGGUGCGAUGACCACGAUGAGCCUUGCGUCUCCUUUACGACGAAGAAGCCAGGGGUCAACUGCGGGCGCGCGUUCUGGAUGUGUCCGCGCCCGAUUGGUCCGUCCGGGGCGAAGGAGAAGAACACGGAGUGGAGGUGUCGGACGUUCAUCUGGGCGAGCGAUUGGAAUGGUUGA